GUUGAAAACGCGGUAGGUUGCUUUUAUUAUUUGUAAAUAUUAGUAAAAUUUAUUUCUAUCAGACGGUUUUGUGUAAAAGGGUUUUGUUUUUGUGGACGAUAGAGCCGUGUUUGUUUUGAGAAACCCGAAGCAGCCUGUGGCCAUGAAGCUGUUUACGUGCUAUAUAACAGUAGCAUUACUAGCAGUCGUCAAUGCUGCGGUCGAUGUAGAGAAAACAGUGAAACAAGUUCAAAGUAUACUGCAAGCGAAUGAAUUAUUGCCCAGACUCACUCGCGAAGAAAUACUACAGCUCCUUAAUGAUAUUCGUGAAGAAGAUGCAAAAACUAAAUCGCAAACAAAACAAUCUAACGUAGAUAAAACUAAUUUUCAACAGACAAUUAAAACUGCAAUACACGGUUCAAAUGAGGACAAUGAAAUUAAUAGUACAAUGAAAAUAACAAGUACAGAUGAAAUUGAUUCAAAGCAAAAAUCAUUUACUACUACUACUAGCAGACUUUAUACUAGCGCUGUUGAAUCAACAACUAAAACAAAUACCCCUACCCUUACUGUUGUCUUACCGUAUACUCCUCGGGAUGGGUCUUCCUUGCAAGAACUGUACACAAGACCUCCGCGAUUGCAAAUUGUUGACGAAACGACGACUCCAAAGUUAAAACCAAUUAAAAGAACAAAAUAUCCAAACAAUAAACCCAAAACGACCAAUAAACAAAAACUAGACAUACCUGCGGAAUUACAAGCAUUUUUAGAUGCACACGGUUUAAAGGAUAAACCAGGAAAAGACAACUUUUUAUUACCUCUGGAUGGAUUUAAGCCAUUACCACCCGCAAAAGUGGUUGAUGGAACAGUGCAACUGCCAGAAAAUUUAUUGCUUACUUAUGAUCUUAUUUCCCAAUCUGAUAAGGGUACAACGUUGAAAAAAAAUCAAGAAUUUUCACAAAGUAAUUUCUUGUAUGAACCUUUGCGUCCUGAAAUACCAUUUGAAUUAGAUACUGCGUCAUCAAAUUCAGAACAAAUUACUCUACCUCUUGAUUUACCCAAACCAAGAAAAACAAAAGCAGUAUCUGAAAGUCAAAAACCUAACUACCAACCGAUCGAUUACGAUUCAGUCAAAGUUAUACCACUUAAUAAAGGUCCUGAACCUGAAGAAGAUGAGGUUAUCUUAGAUUCUGAACAAAAUAAACGGCAAACUAAUGACAGUUCAAAUUUAGAAAACAUUACAACUACCGAGGUUUCUAUCCCAGAGAAUGGUGCAAAGGAUGCUUCAGCGACUGCAUCUGAUGUAGUAUCUGAUUCUGACACCGGAGCAUCAAUUACAGAUUUAGAAGAUUCUUUUGGAGGACCUGCACCUUCAAAACCAGGCGAUGCUGAUCUUCCUCCUCCUAAAAAAAAUGGAUUUUAUUGGAUGUUGGAUUGGAAUAGUUUCUUAGAAGUUGGUGAUGGGGACACAAAAGUUAAUAUUCGGUUUGAACCAAAAUUAGGUGACCCACAAAUGUUUUUGCCAGUUAAUGUUCCAUAAUGUUUUUAUAAAACCAGAGUAGUAUUCUAGUCGUAGGGGUUUAACUUUUAGAAAAAAUAUCAUUAAUAUAAUAAUGUAUUUAAACUAAAAUCUUAUAGUAUUUUAUUUUGCAAUAUUUUAACAAUUUAUUGUUAUUGCAUUCCUAGAUAAUAAUUUUUAAUUUGUAAUCACGUAAAAUUACAGCUUACGGAGAAAUGCAUCAAAGAAUGCAAUCAGUUAAGUCGUGAUUAGUAGACCAAAUCCAAGAAUGAAAGCAAGUGGAUGAAAUCAUCGCGUGUAAUGUUUCAUUGACAUUAUAAGAUUGCCAUCAUAAUAUCUUUGUAUAUAUUUUUUAAUUUUAGAACACAAAUUAGAUGAUAUAUAAUUUUACUUAAGUAUAAUUUUGUACGAUGUAUCUGUUACAAAAAAUACAUUGCCUUAAAUACGUAAUACUUACCUAAAUCAAUACGUACCCACUAACAAAUUUUAAUGUUUAAAGGCUUAAAACGUAAUGUCAAAUUAAAUUACAAACCUCAACGUUAUAAUUCCAGCUUAGUUCUCAAACUUGUUGGUAUUUCAAAGCAACGUGUUGUAAUAUAGAUAACUUACUGCUAUUCGAAGCGAUCUGCAUCUGUUUUAGAACCAUUAAACUUGUAACUUGGAGCUCAGUUUUACACAGAAGUAAACAGCUGCUGGGACAGGAAACAAAUUAUUCAAUAUGAUUUCUUGACGAACCACAAAUUACCUUUACAUUCAUGACAAAUUGAAUUCCCUCAUGAGAAUUUUGGAAAUUGAUAUGUUUGUAUGAAUCUGUUUCAAGUUACACUUUUUAUUUACCACUUUAUAUCUACGAUCUUAAUUUUGGUUUUUACCCAAUAUUAUUUUUUAUAAUUACCCAGCGAAUCGAGGCUAAAAGUUAAGAUGGUAAUAUUAUUCAAAUAUAUUUUUUUAAGACCAUAUUCAUUUCUUUUACAAAAGCCCAAAUUUUGUCGAAAUGCAUUGGACACGGACACUGCAAAUGCAACAAAUAAUGGACAGUUUUUAAUGAAAAACUAUCAAGCUGAGAGUUUUUAGAGUUUAUUAAUAGCAAAUUGAAAGAACACAUUUAAGAUUGCGUUUUUUAGGCAAGGCCAUUUUUUUUACUUUACUCAUGAUGAGGAAAAAUUAAUAUUAAACUCUGACCCCUACUCAUGAUUAGAGAUUCGUAAGUUUGUGGCAUCACCACCCUUGUUCCAUGUCAAAAAGGAUUACAAAAUGAAUACUAUGAUAUUUUGAUUUCCAUAACAUAAUAUGUAGGUAAUUGAUGAACAUGGGGGCUCUGAACAAAUAAUAAUAAAUCAUAUUACUUAUAAUGUGUACAAGGAGCGAGUCUUUAGAAUAAUUUUACGAGGGUUCCAAUGUUGAAGUUUUAGCUUCGCAUAUUAUAUUUUGAAUAAAGUAUUCAUACAUAUGUAUACAUAGGAACGAAAAAUAUUUAUGUUUCAAUACAGAUAUAUCUAUCCUCCUGUCCUAGUUCUAUAUCUAGUAAAUUUUCUUUGGUAUCAGGAUUUACCAAUUAAGAGAUUUACCUCUAAAAUAGUCAUAUAUACUUCUCUCAGAGACGUAGACUUAGGACUAAAAUGUGUACUAUUUCAAUGAAGAAUAAUCUAGAAUUCAAUAAAAUAACAAAUUCACAAAAUCACAGGUUAAACUAGGUACAGAUCUGCUAUACGAAUCAUAUAAAA